AUGGCGCUCGCUCAGCGCCCAGCCUCGCGCUUCUUCGCGGCCUCGUACCCAUGGAGCCGCCAUGCACAACGCCGCGGACCAUGUCUCCUCGCCUCGCGCCGCGCCCACACGCCAAGAGGCCCUGCGACGACCGCCCACCUGCGAUGCUACCACGAAACCCGUCGCCUGCACGAGGACUACUCCAUCCACGCCUUCCUGAGUGAGGACGGAGACAGGGACGGAGGCAGGGACGGAGGCGAGGACGCGCCAGCUCUCGACCCUGCACUGCUCAAAGAAGACGUCCGCCGUCUCAUGCGCAAGGUCCCUGCCUCGGUCGCCGUCAUCACCGUCGCCCACCACGACGCCGACAGCGGCAAGCAUGUGCCCAUGGGCAUAGCCGUCUCCUCCCUCAACACCGUCACCCUCGACCCACCCACCAUCUCCUUCAACAUCAAGGAGCCCUCCCAAGCCCUGAACGCUAUUCGCGCCGCCCACGGCCGCUUCCGCGUCCACUUCCUCGCCGCCCUCGGCACCAGCCGCGACAUCAUCGAAAGCUUCUGCAGCGGAAACCACCCAGACGCCUACGCCCACCGAGAGAAGCAUCUGCAGGUCGACGUCCCCCAAGCCGAUACCACCACGUCCACGCCCACGCCUACGCCCACGCCCACGCCCACGACCACCCCAUCGCCGCCAAGGAUACUCGGCCAGAGCGUCCGCGCUGCAGCUGAGUGCACCUUGACCCAAGAACUGACUGUCGGGGACCAUGUCAUCCUCGUCGCACACAUGAACAGUCUGGACACCAAGGCCAUCCAAGAACCAACCAUCGCCUACGUCGACGGCAUGUACAGGAGCCUGGAGUCCGCUGCUGUCAUACAACGGAACCCAAGGCUGGCGGACACCAAACAGCCAGCGACACAGACAAGGAAGAAAUCGUCAGCGAUGCAGACCAGAGAGGGACAGACAGAGAGGAAACCGGCAGUCCUAGAUCGCGCCCACGAACUAGCCAUCGUCUACGAUUUUCCCUUACUUCCUGGCGAGCAAGAACGCCGCGAGUACGUUGAACGACUGAAGACCUAUCUCCAAGGCAUUCGCGUAGACAACAUCAGGGACUUGAUGAGAGAAUUACAGCCUCAAACGAGACUCGUCGCAAGAUCCUUUGGCGUCGAUAUGGAGGCACUUCUCUAUUCCUGUCGGCAUGGGGCGCCCAAGAAGGGUCGGCAGAUCUUGCCCGAGUUCCAUGGUCAGCUCUCUGCUGCUGAAAUGGCAAAGUUGGUCCAUCGUGUCAAGGAGAUGGUCAAGGCGGAUCCUCAUGUCCUUCGUCUAGGCUACGCAAAACUCCUCUACCUACUAGACGUCCAGAACGGCUGCAGUAGCCUUUUACCCAGCGAUCUACUUGACCCCCUGCGGGCAGAAGGGCUUGUGGGCGCUCUCGAGUUAUCCGAGGCAACGCCAUCUGACUACAACCGACCUCGAAACGUCCUUGAACUGGAACAGGCUGAACACAAGCUUCGACGAUAUCUCUCGACGUUGCCUGACAGAGACAUCUUACGCACGACCCUGGCCGUCAAACUGGAAGGGGCCGGUAUCAGCACAAAAGACUUUGUGCGCUUCCAAGGGGCCCACACUCGCCUCAAGGUCGAGUCGUGUUCCAAGUUCUACAAGGACUGGAAAAUGGACAUUACAGGGGAUGUCAGCCCCGAAGAAGCUCGUGUAGUCGUACGUCGUCUGAUCAACUACCUCGGCAUGGAUCGACCAGACGUCUUUCACGCGCACUUGUUCGAAGACGUGAGCGACAUGAUGCGCAAUGUGGGUGUCCAUCCCCUUGCCACCGGCGUGAACGUGACCUUCAUGAUCAGCAAGAUCCGGUACCUCUUGUCAACAGGCGAGCCCCUCUCUUCGUUGAAACGCAAGGUCGAGGACAUGUUGCAGCCGUACUUUGCCAGCAACGUGACAUGGGAGGACCUUCAAACACGCGUCGAGCAGUUUGUGCAGAAGCAGCCAUUGCGAGCGACCACAUGGAAGAAAAGAGACAAGCUGGCUGCCAUGGGUCUGAGCGGCAGUACCGUUCUCUCUACACCAUUGUCCUCGACACCGCAACCUCUCGACGCUAGCAACCUGCUAGACACGCUCGUGGCGAAGGCGCUGAAGAACCAUUACGGCAACGGCACAGACGAGGAGAAGGAGGCGAUUGCGUUUUUCCUCAAAAACCGCUACGGCUUCGAUGUCGUGGCCAGGGGCGUUGUCGCGACGCCAGAGGAAGUGCUCGCGCGCUCGUCAGCCGACGACCUGGAGGCAGCGAGGUUGCAACACGAGGAGGUGACGGUCCCGAUUCGGAGAGUGAAUACCAGGAUUGCCAACAAGAAGGGUUAA